CGUGCGUGGUCGGUGUCCAAGCGGAAAGCGAAAGCGCGGCACUUACUUUUUCUGCACGAGUCAAGAGAGUAACAUACAGUUAACACGCAGUGUAUUUUUCUACUUCAUUCACGUCAGGGGAGAUAUGUGUGCACGCUCUCUGGGGCCUCUGUUGUGUCUGUGUUUCUGGAGGUAGGUGAGCGUGGUUUCUCCCUGUUGCACCCUUUUUUUUUCCCAUUUCCUUGUUAAAUCCCAGACUGACACGAUUGUAACCGAGCUGCCAAGGCCUGAUUGAUGGUUUCUGUUUGUGUUAGGAGCCGCUGCUUGUUUGUUUGGAGAGGGCGUGGCUGGCAUGUUUGGACCAAUUACCGCCAGCUGCUGGGGGUGGGGGUGCGGAAGGUUUUGGUCGUAAAAUGAUUUAAUAACGGGAACAGGACUUUAUUCUCCCCGCUGGGCUGCAUUCAGAUGGUAAUACAGACAGGCUGCAGCCCCGCCCUUCUUCUUCUUCAUCAUCUCCGUCUUCUUCUACUGUGGAAUAAAAGUAGCCGCUCUACUCUCGCGCAAGCACCCAGAGAGUGUCACCAACCAUCGACCCAUUGUCGCACAACAGGCUCUGCAGUUUAUUAAAACAAAUAAAUUCCUGGAGAAAAGCCGCCAAGUUCCACGCGGAGACGACUCCUCGUGUGCCGCCCCUCCUCGCUUCCGGUUCGCUCUACUUACGCACUACCGUCGUGAUACGGCGUUGCCAUGGUUACAACUAACAGCCAUAGCCUAUAGAACAUCCCAACUUCCUCGACGGUCCCAGUGUACGCCCACUGUCAACAGAGAGAGAGCUCCGCUGGAGUCUCAACCCAGGUCACCUGCAUCCUCCAGGAGAGCGCACCAGACGUCAGCUGUGCAUGUGUCGCGCGCUCCGCUCCACUUCAAGCCACUUACGCUACUUGAAUAUAUAGAUAAUUAGAGUAGAAGCUUUUUUUGGUGGUAUAUUUUAGUGUGCAUUUCCAGGCAAUUAUGCAGGAUAGAGGCACAUUUAUCAGCCCUUUCUUCAGACCGCGGUGUCUGGCGGCGGCGGCGCCAGCGGGGAAAACGAAACUAACUCACCCGGGAAAGGCGAUUCUGGCAGGUGGCAUUGCAGGUGGCAUAGAGAUCUGCAUCACGUUCCCCACAGAGUACGUCAAGACCCAGCUACAACUGGAUGAGAAGGCCAAUCCACCCAAAUACAGAGGAGUAGGUGACUGUGUGAGACAGACGGUUCAGGGUCACGGUGUUAAAGGACUGUAUAGAGGACUCAGCUCACUAGUGUAUGGAUCCAUACCCAAAUCUGCAGUCAGGUUCGGGGUGUUUGAGUUCCUCAGCAACCAUGCAAGGGACGAGUCCGGUCGACUGGAUAGCACCAGAGGCCUGCUGUGUGGGCUCGGAGCCGGGAUCCUGGAGGCCGUUUUGGUGGUCUGUCCCAUGGAAACUGUCAAGGUUAAAUUCAUUCAUGACCAGACUUCAGCCAACCCCAAAUACAAAGGCUUCUACCACGGAGUCGGAGAGAUCGUCAAGGCACAAGGAAUAAGAGGGACAUAUCAGGGUCUCACCGCCACGGUCCUCAAACAAGGCUCCAACCAAGCUAUUCGGUUCUAUGUGAUGACCUCUCUCAAGAACUGGUACAAAGGCGAUGACCCCAACAAAGCCAUGAAUCCCCUGUUGACUGGAGCGUUUGGAGCCGUAGCCGGAGCAGCCAGUGUCUUUGGAAACACCCCUCUAGAUGUCGUCAAGACAAGGAUGCAGGGUCUGGAAGCACAUAAAUAUAAAGGCACAUUGGACUGUGCUUCAAAGAUCCUGAGACACGAGGGCUUGGCAGCUUUCUAUAAAGGGACGGUUCCCCGGCUGGGCCGCGUGUGUCUGGACGUGGCCAUAGUUUUCAUCAUCUACGAGGAGGUGGUGAAGGUCCUGAAUGUGGCCUGGAAGACGGACUGAGCUGCCGGACUCCCUGCCUCCCAUCGGAUUGGAUCAGUAUCGUUUGCUAACCAGGGAGUGAAAGAGCUCACCGGCUCGGGACAGUGGAGAAGAAAAAAAAACCUUAAAAAUAGGCCCAGUGUUGCGCACAUCUGGACAGCUGGAGUGUAGGCAGAGCUUUGCUGCCACCAAGUCGAUUUCACAAGUGGGAUUAUAAAGUUAGCCAAAUAACUGUGACAAAAAGAUGCUUCACCCUAUGUAUACAUCAUUUCUAAAUGUGAAUCUAGGCUCUCCAACAUGAUUCCUUUAAAACAAAAUUUUUGCAGAAAUUAUGUGGCUCACUUUCUUAAACCUGCUUUCUAAAAAAGCCCUCAGUCAGUGAAGAACAUCAUUUCUAGUCACCAACAGCUGUUCUACUGAUGUUUACUGUGAGUAUGCACGUGUCAAACUGGAUUUUUCUCGAUUUAGCUGGUGUUGCUCUCUGCUUUUUCUUGUGCCUAAUAUGGUUUUAAAUCCAGAGGAUCCACUGGUUGCAGUUUACAGUCACAUGAACUGCAGCAACGUCCAUAACUAAGCCUUUAAUAGAAAGAUUUUACGUUUAUAACACACCGAUUAUUUUUAUACAGUGUAGAUUACCAGCAUAUUCUAUAGUCUAUAGUUUUAUUGUAAACUGACAUAUUUCAUUCCUGUGCCGAAUUAUGAACGUGUGUUCAGAGUAGCCUAAUGAUGUUAACAAGAGAAUAUAUGACUUGUACUGUGACAUGCGUAAUAAAUAUAUUUGUUGAAUGUUAAAUAUGGACACGGUUGAGGGAUUCUUUUCAGUCAACUUGUGCCACUUGUGUCGAGUUUUGUGUCUCUCCUGUGAUCGGGUCGGGUGUAAAGGUGUUUUUAAGAUGUUAGGUCAAAUAUUUAAUUGCUGUAUUUCACUGAGUCUAAAUGACCCAAAUACACUUAAGUCAGAGAGACCAAGUAACCUCAGAUCUCUUUUUAACCCCUUAAUAGAAGCAGUCAUAUCCUGACAAAAAGUUCCCAAGAAGAGAAAUAUUCUUCUACUGUACACAUUUAUUUACUUUUUUUUUUCCUAGUAAAUCACUCUCAGGUGGAACUUCCCACAAUUCAUUGAUAUGAUAUUUAACCUGUCGCUGCUUCUUUUACUGUAAAGGUCUUCUCAAAAGUGCCUUUUGCUGAGAAAUAUCCCCAAUCUGUUCUCCACUGCAAUUUGAGAUUUCUGUGGUCCGGUCAUAAACAAAUGUUUAUGAAAACAGUCACAACUGUGUCUAUUACUGCAAUAAUUGUAUCGAAAUACUGAUGUAUUAUGUUUCUCUAUUUUCAUCUUUUUCCGUUUGACCAAACAAAAUGUUCCAAAUAGCCAAGAGAAAAUGUGAUUGUCACAGCAGAUCAAUGUAUUCCAA